GCGCAUGCGCGCUCGCCGCUGCGGCCGGGGUCGGCCUCCGGUGACGUCAGGACGCGUCGCGGGUUCCAGCCCCGAGCCCGGGGCCCCCCGACUCCCGCGCAGGUCGGGCGGGGGCGGGGCGUCAGGCCAGCUGAGCUAUCCCGUCAGACCGCGCCAGUUUGAAUGAAAGCUCCUCAAGAUGGCGGCGGCUGGGGCCGAGGCGCGAGGAGCUUGGUGUGUGCCUUGCCUAGUUUCACUUGAUACUCUUCAGGAAUUAUGUAGAAAAGAAAAACUCACAUGUAAAUCGAUUGGAAUCACCAAAAGGAAUCUAAACAAUUAUGAGGUGGAAUACUUGUGUGACUACAAGGUAGUAAAGGAUAUGGAGUAUUAUCUUGUAAAAUGGAAAGGAUGGCCAGAUUCUACAAAUACUUGGGAACCUUUGCAAAAUCUCAAGUGCCCGUUACUACUUCAACAGUUCUCUAAUGACAAGCAUAAUUAUUUAUCUCAGGUAAACAAAGGCAAAGCAAUAUCUCUAAAAGACAAUAACAAAGCUUUGAAACCUGCCGUUGCCGAAUAUAUUGUAAAGAAGGCCAAACAAAGGGUAGCUCUGCAGAGAUGGCAAGAUGAACUCAACAGAAGAAAGAAUCAUAAAGGAAUGAUUUUUGUUGAAAAUACUGUUGACUUAGAGGGCCCACCUUCAGACUUCUACUACAUUAAUGAAUACAAACCAGCUCCUGGAAUCAGCUUAGUCAAUGAAGCUACCUUUGGUUGUUCAUGUACAGACUGCUUCUUUGAGAAAUGUUGUCCUGCUGAAGCUGGAGUUCUUUUGGCUUAUAAUAAAAACCAGCAAAUUAAAAUCCCACCUGGUACCCCCAUUUAUGAAUGCAACUCAAGGUGUCAAUGUGGACCCGAUUGUCCCAAUAGGAUUGUACAAAAAGGCACCCAGUAUUCUCUUUGCAUCUUUCGAACUAGCAAUGGCUGUGGCUGGGGUGUAAAAACCCUUGUGAAGAUUAAAAGAAUGAGUUUUGUCAUGGAAUAUGUUGGAGAGGUAAUCACAAGUGAAGAAGCUGAAAGACGGGGGCAGUUAUAUGACAACAAGGGAAUCACAUAUCUCUUUGAUCUGGAUUAUGAAUCUGAUGAAUUCACUGUGGAUGCAGCCCGAUAUGGAAAUGUCUCUCAUUUUGUGAAUCACAGUUGUGACCCAAAUCUUCAGGUGUUCAAUGUUUUCAUUGACAACCUUGACACCCGUCUUCCCCGAAUAGCAUUAUUUUCCACAAGAACCAUAAAUGCUGGAGAAGAGCUCACCUUUGACUAUCAAAUGAAAGGUUCUGGAGAUAUAUCUUCAGAUUCUGUUGACCACAGCCCAGCCAAAAAGAGGGUCAGAACUGUGUGCAAGUGUGGAGCUGUGACUUGCAGAGGUUACCUCAACUGAAUUUUCAGGAAAUAGAGCUGAUGAUUGUAGUUUUGUUUUUUUUCUAAUGUUAACAUUUCAAAAAAGUAUUUGGGACUCUUUUCAUAUUAUCAAGAUUAUAUGCUAUGUUAAUUUACAGUUCAUAUUUCAAACUAUUGGCCAAAUGUAUUACUGAUGCUUCUGAAGAGAAGAACACCGGGUCACAUAGACUAAUUUGAAAUACAUAUUUAGUAAUUAGGUACCAAACAUGAAAACUAUUUACAGAUGAGCAUAUACAUACAUAAAAAGUCUGUGUGAAUAAAGAAAUGCCUCCUUCAGUGUUUAAGCAUUGAACUGAUAGCGUAACAGUCACUAAGAUCAAAUAUUCAACCUGCGUACACCUUGAAUUUAGAGAAAGUUAAUUCAGUUAGGGCAAAUAUAUACAAGUGCUAUUCUGUUAUGUUGUCAUUCCCAUUAUUACUCACUGUACUUGUAUUUGAGACAGAUGAUACUAUAUACUAUUUUCCUACUUUCAUUAAAAUAUUGGGUCUUACUGAUACAUAAAUUUAAGGUUUAAAAUUAAAUAUAAAAAAUUUACAGCUUAAUUCAUAUUUUGAAGCAAUCUUGACUGUUAUGAGGCAUGUAUGUCUGAACCAGUAAUUCUUAAAGACUUUUAUUCCCUUAAAAGAAUAGUUUCCAAAAAGUUCUACAAUUCUAGAAUGGCUGGCCAUUAUGCUGCUUCGAAAGGCUGGGGCAGUGGGACCACAAAAGGGUUUUUGGAGUGCUGGGCAGAGGGAAGGGAGCACUUGAAGGGCCCCUCUUAGUAACAUGAAUUAAGAGAUCCAUGUUGAGUUCCUCUGGUCUAAACAUAAACAGCAAAACAAGCUAUCCCUGAGUGCAGUUGCACCUAACAAUAAUGUUUCAUACAAUACAUUAAUAUUACAUUUCUGAAUUUCAGGCAGUUUUAACAUUUCCACCAAAUUUAAUUAUUUUUCUAUUUCCUGCAGGCUCUUAAAAUAAUCUAUAUUUUGAACUGAUACUUAUUUUUUAUACAUGAAUUUUUUAAAUGUGAUAAAGCUAAACUUGGCUUGGCCAAAGUGUGUACCUGAAUAAUGAGAACUUUUUUUACUUAAACCAUGAAGACUGAAAUGGAAUAUAUUCCUUGGUUUUUGUUUUCCUGCAUAGUAAAACCUCAAUCAGGAAAAAAACGUGUUUUCAUCUCUGUCAUUGUGGCAUUUGUAAUCAUGGUGUCCAACAUGAAGGUAAAUGCAGCAAGUAAAUCUGGCUUUCAGUAUUACUAAUUAAAUUGUACCUAAGUUCAUUGCCCCAUUGCUUUAAUGACCUAAAAUAAGUUUGGGUAAAAUUGAACUGACUUCAAGAAUGCAGCACUUCAAAUGUCUUCUUAAUCUUUAACCUCUUUUUUGGGAGAAGCUACACUUUAUUAUGCAUUAUAUUGCUACCACAUGACUUUGCUCUUUCAUAAUACAGGGUAAAUUCUUUACAUGUUUGGAGUCUCAGUGUAUUAACCAAAAUCUGCAGAAGGUGUCAAGGAAAAAUACAUUUUUUGGUGCCAUUUCUUAUGUUUUCUUUAUGACAGAAUAGUCACAUGGUGUCAGUGGUGAGAAAGCAUCACAGAUUUACAGGUGCUCCAAUGGCCAAGCUUACUUUGAAUUAUAAUUUUUACAGGUUUAAAUAUGUAAUUUUAAUAUUCUUAAAAAGUCAGUGUUUUACUGUCCAGUUAUUCUUGUCUACUUCUUGUGUUAAAAAAAAAAAUGUGAAACAGGAGGGCAAAGGGAAAGUGGCUAUUUUCAGUAAACUUGUUUAAUUUUGUCCUUAUUACUAGAAAUUUAAUGGGUCUUUGAGAUUUUAAUUACCUUUGUUAUCCUUAUUUUAUUAAAAAGCUGGACUUAAUCAGUAAAAUAGGAACUCCGUACAUGAAGCUGUUAAAAGCCUUUAAGUCAGCAUUUAGCUGCUUUAGUUUCCCAAGUUAUCAGAAUUUGUUCUCUCAGUAUAAAUAUAGCCAAUAUUCAAGGGUAAUAUUUAGAUCGAGUUUAAACUGUAAAUCCACUGUGCAAGUUGUAUUAGUAUCAUUGUUUUCAGUACCUACAUGAGGAUCGUGAUACACAGUUGGUAAUCUCAGGGUCUUUUCCCCCUCUGUGCAAAAUCUAAACUGCAUUUUUCUUACAGUUCAUUUUUCUUUAGCAAAAUAAAUUUAGUUUGGCAUUUGAUUUUC